UGGGCUGUCUGAAGAAGUACGUUUCCUUUUCAAGGGCCUGUAUGUGUGUGUGUGUGUGUGUGUAAAAGACAGCUGUAGCCCCUGGGUGUGCUGCGCUUCCGUAACGCUUAAAAACUGCUCACUUCAGGCGGCUUACCGUUUAGCGACUUCUCCGGUCUGUGAAACGCUGCAACAGUUGUGUUUUUUAAGCCGAACCGUUUGUUUCCUCGCGCGUUGUAUUUUUAAAAUUGAAGCGUAUUCGGUCGCCGCUGUCUUAACGGUUUUUGGGGCUAUAUUUGUACGCACGGGCGAGCCGAUCAUCUUUUGUCUGCAUUGAUGUUAAAGGAAAGCUCUCCGGAAGAUCUAUUUUGUUGAAUGUGUGAAUGACCACUUGUAUAACGUUAUCUUCUGCUGAUACAAUCUAGUGGGUUUGACCCACACAUGGACAAGUCUAAAACAUCUCAACUUUAAGGCAUUUGGACACCAAGGGCUGAUCAUCUACAGAACACAUAGAUCUUUGGCCAGUUCUGGCUGCAGCUGUACGCCUCAGGCUCAGCUCUGAUGUUACCGGCUGAAACGGGUCGACUGUGAGAGGACGAUUUCUCUCAGUUAUGUCUACCUUUGAGACGAUCUGGCCUCCCGGCACCGAGUGUGUAGCCAGGUACAACUUCCCUGGAACGGCCGACCAGGACUUGCCCAUGUGCAAAGGAGAUGUCCUUACUAUAAUUGGAGUAACUAAGGAUUCAAACUGGUACAAAGCGAAAAACGCAGCAGGACGAGAGGGUACCAUACCAGCAAACUACGUUCAGAAGAGAGAAGGAGUGAAAUCAGGCGGUAAACUGAGCCUUAUGCCAUGGUUUCAUGGAAAGAUCACACGCGAGCAGGCCGAGAGGCUGCUUUACCCCCCAGAGACAGGCCUCUUCCUGGUGCGUGAGAGCACCAACUACCCCGGCGACUACACCCUGUGUGUCAGCUGCGACGGCAAGGUGGAGCAUUACCGCAUCAUCUACCACAAUGGCAAACUGUCCAUCGAUGAGGAGGAGUACUUUGAAAACCUCAUGCAGCUCAUGGAGAAACAUUAUCGAAAUAGAAAAGAACUGAAGCUCAUCCAGUCUAUUGGAAAGGGAGAGUUUGGAGAUGUGAUGGUCGGAGACUACAGAGGCAAGAAAGUAGCGGUGAAGUGUAUCAAACAUGACGCAACAGCGCAGGCCUUCGUUGCAGAGGCUUCUGUCAUGACGCAAUUACGGCAUAAUAACUUGGUACAGCUGCUGGGGGUGAUCGUGGAAGAGAAGGGCAGCCUCUUUAUCGUCACUGAGUAUAUGGCCAAGGGUAGUCUAGUGGACUAUCUGCGCUCCAGAGGACGUAGUGUUAUUGGUGGAGAUCGUUUGAUCAAUUUCUCAAUGGAUGUCUGCAAGGCGAUGGAAUAUCUUGAGGCCAAUAACUUUGUGCACAGGGAUCUGGCAGCUCGUAAUGUUUUAGUGUCAGAAGACAACAUAGCAAAAGUCAGCGACUUUGGCCUCACCAAGGAAGCAUCGUCUACUCAAGAUACAGCCAAACUGCCUGUUAAGUGGACUUCACCUGAGGCCUUAAGGGAGAAGGCGUUUUCCACUAAGUCAGAUGUAUGGAGUUAUGGCAUCUUACUCUGGGAGAUCUAUUCCUUUGGUCGGGUACCUUAUCCAAGAAUUCCUCUGAAGGAAGUUGUCCCACGCGUAGAGAAGGGUUAUAAGAUGGACGCCCCAGACGGCUGCCCGGCGGUGGUGUAUGACAUCAUGAAGCAGUGCUGGACUCUGGACCCUGUGGCACGUCCCAGCUUCAGAGAACUGAGUCAGAAACUUCAAGAUAUCAUAGCCAAUGAGCUGUACCGAUAAAAGACAAAAACUAGAGGAAAAACACAGAGGAAGACCUUCACGGGACCAUUCUCAUACAGUCUGACCAAAAUCUACUCUUUAAGCAGUGGACUUGAAAAACAUCAGCAGAAUUUUCUUUUGCAAGUGCACUCCCUUUUUUUUCUACUUUGCAUCGCUUUCAUGGCUUGAUUUUCUUAAUUUUGGGGAGGCUGGCCUUCUCUACAACAACUCACCUCUUUUUGAUUUAGAAGAUCUUCAGCCUCCUCUGAUAUGUCCUCAUACACUCCCUUAUUUUGGACUUUUGAUUAGCAUAUAGGAUUUUCUGCCAAAAAAAGAGAAAAAUCAUCAGUCAAUAAAUAUCAUGAGAAAUGCUAUAUGAUGGCACCCAUAAGGCUGGUUGUCUGCAAAAUCUUGUAACCAAUAACAAUAAUUGGCACUUAGGGAGACCGUAUGCUCAUCCCGCACUGUUUUCCGUUCCAGCAGCCAAUGAAAUCCACCAGAUAAUCUUUCUUCCAUUUCACAGUGCCUUUACGCCAGAAGUCUUUUUUUAAUAUGUUGUUUAGAAGCGCUUGAAUUUCCUGCUGUCUUGCUCAUCUUUUCAAAAAUGCGUCAGUCUGAGCCUCAAAACCAGGAAGGAUGAAUAGAAACAUUGUGAGCCUUUAAAAAGAGAUGUGGCUUGUGUGGAAGCCGGAUUGCUUUAAUUAAAAAUAAUAAAACGGAGAAAUUAUACAAAAAGGCCACAAAUACAGAUUUGAGAAAUAUUUGUGAUGUAUGUUGACUUUUGUGAAGGACUACAUUUUAUUUUAGUACUUUUCAUAUUUGUUUUCUUUGCUGCCAUAUUUCAGAAAAAAUCAUUCCACCCGAACAGUUUGAUAAAAACAAAA